GCCUGGUGGAGAAUGUGAUGGGAUCGGUAGCAUGUCGGCGGAGAGCGGCCCUGGGACGAGAUUGAGGAAUCUGCCCGUGAUGGGGGAUGGACUAGAAACUACCCAGAUGUCCACGCCGCAGGCCCAGGCCCAGCCCCAGCCAGCCGCUGCAGCCAGCGCCAAUCCCCCGCCCCCUGAGACCUCCAACCCCAACAAGCCCAAGAGGCAGACCAACCAGCUGCAAUACCUGCUCAAAGUGGUGCUCAAGACACUAUGGAGACACCAGUUCGCGUGGCCUUUCCAGCAGCCCGUGGACGCCGUCAAGCUCAACCUCCCUGAUUACUACAAAAUCAUCAAGACACCCAUGGACAUGGGAACGAUAAAGAAGCGCUUGGAAAACAACUAUUACUGGAAUGCUCAGGAAUGUAUUCAGGACUUCAACACAAUGUUUACAAACUGUUACAUCUACAACAAGCCUGGAGACGACAUUGUCUUAAUGGCCGAAGCUCUGGAGAAGCUCUUCUUGCAAAAAAUCAAUGAAUUGCCCACUGAAGAGACUGAGAUCCUGAUCGUCCAGGCGAAAGGACGAGGCCGUGGGAGGAAAGAAACAGGGACGGCAAAGCCUGGCGUCUCCACGGUACCAAACACGGCGCCAGCAUUGACGCCUCCACACACCCAGACUCCUCAGCAGAACCCUCCGUCUGUGCAAGCCACACCCCACACCUUCCCUGCCGUUACCCCAGACCUCAUUGUCCAGACGCCAGUCAUGACAGUGGUGCCGCCCCAGCCGCUGCAGGUGCCCCCACCGGUGCCACCCCAGCUCCCUCCCCCUCCCACACCGGCCCCCCAGCCUGUGCAAAACCACCCUCCCAUCAUCGCAGCCACCUCGCAGCCAGUAAAGACGAAGAAAGGGGUAAAGAGGAAAGCAGACACCACCACCCCCACCACCAUCGACCCCAUCCAUGAGCCACCCUCAUUACCACCGGAGCCCAAGGCCACUAAGCUGGGCCCACGGCGAGAGAGUGGGCGGCCCGUGAAGCCCCCGAAGAAGGAUGUCCCCGACUCGCAGCAGCACCCGGCACCUGACAAGAGCAGCAAGGUCUCGGAGCAGCUCAAGUGCUGUAGCGGCAUCCUUAAGGAGAUGUUCGCCAAGAAGCAUGCAGCCUACGCCUGGCCCUUCUACAAGCCUGUGGACGUGGAGGCACUGGGCCUGCAUGACUACUGUGACAUUAUCAAGCACCCCAUGGACAUGAGCACAAUCAAGUCUAAACUGGAGGCUCGCGAGUACCGCGAUGCUCAGGAAUUCGGUGCCGACGUCCGAUUGAUGUUCUCCAACUGCUACAAGUACAACCCUCCUGACCACGAGGUGGUGGCCAUGGCACGGAAGCUCCAGGACGUGUUUGAGAUGCGCUUUGCCAAGAUGCCGGAUGAGCCUGAGGAGCCCGUGGUGGCUGUGUCCUCACCAGCUGUGCCUCCUCCCACCAAGGUGGUAGCCCCACCCUCAUCCAGUGAUAGCAGCAGCGACAGCUCCUCAGACAGUGACAGUUCCACUGACGACUCUGAGGAGGAGCGGGCCCAGCGCCUGGCCGAGCUCCAGGAACAGCUCAAAGCCGUGCACGAGCAGCUAGCAGCCCUUUCCCAGCCCCAGCAGAACAAGCCAAAGAAGAAGGAGAAAGACAAGAAGGAAAAGAAGAAAGAGAAGCACAAAAAGAAAGAGGAAGUGGAGGAGACGAAAAAGAGCAAAGCCAAGGAAGUCCCUCCCAAGAAGACCAAGAAGAACAACAGUAGUAACAGCAGUGCAAGCAAGAAGGAGCCGGCGCCUGUGAAGAGCAAGCCACCACCGGCAUAUGAAUCUGAGGAGGAGGACCGCUGUAAGCCCAUGUCCUACGAGGAGAAGCGGCAACUGAGCCUGGACAUCAACAAGCUGCCCGGCGAGAAGCUGGGCCGUGUGGUGCACAUCAUCCAGUCACGCGAGCCCUCACUCAAGAACUCCAACCCUGAUGAGAUCGAGAUCGACUUUGAGACCCUGAAGCCAUCAACACUGCGUGAGCUGGAGCGCUAUGUCACUUCUUGCUUGCGCAAGAAGAGGAAGCCCCAAGCAGAGAAGGUGGAUGUGAUCGCCGGCUCCUCCAAGAUGAAGGGCUUCUCGUCCUCAGAGUCAGAGAGCACCAGUGAGUCCAGCUCCUCUGACAGCGAAGACUCCGAGACAGAAUUGGCUCCAAAGUCGAAAAAGAAGGGGCAUCCCACACAGGAGCAGAAGAAGCACCACCGCCGCCACCACCAGAUGCAGCAGGCCCCUGCUCCCGUGCCCCAGCAGCCCCCGCCACCAUCCCAGCAGCCCCCGCCACCACCCCCAGCUCAACAGCAGCCGACAGCCCCGCCACCCGCGCCCACCCUGCCACAGCAGGCGGCCCCAGCACUCAAGGCCUCACCUCCACCCUUCAUCGCCACUCCGGUGCCCGUGUUGGAGCCCCCACUCCCGGGCAGCGUCUUCGACCCCCUUGGCCACUUCACCCAGCCCAUUCUGCACCUGCCGCCACCUGAGCUGCCACCCCACCUGCCCCCACCACCUGAGCACAGCACUCCGCCACACCUCAACCAGCACGCCGUGGUCUCCCCUCCAGCUUUGCACAAUGCGCUGCCCCAGCAGCCCUCGCGCCCCAGCAACCGUGCCGCCGCCCUGCCCCCAAAGCCGGCCCGACCCCCAGCUGUGGCACCCACCCUGGCCCAGCCAGCCCUGCUUCCACAGCCACCCAUGGCCCAGCCCCCCCAGGUGCUGCUGGAGGAGGAGGAGCCGUCUGCCCCGCCCCUCACCUCCAUGCAGAUGCAGUUGUACCUGCAGCAGCUGCAGAAAGUGCAGCCGCCUGCCCCACUACUCCCUUCUGUGAAGGUGCAGUCCCAGCCCCCGCCACCCCUGCCACCGCAGCAGCACCCACCACCCCCACGGCCUGUGCACCUACAAUUCCCCGCCCAUAUCCAGCAGCCCCCGCCCCCCCCCGGCCAGCAGCCCCCCCACCCAGCCCCAGGCCAACAGCCACCCCCACCGCCUCCCGCCAAACCGCAGCAGGUCAUCCAGCACCACCCCUCGCCUCGGCACCACAAGUCGGACCCCUACGCCACAGGUCACCUCCGCGAAGCCCCCUCCCCGCUUAUGAUACAUUCCCCCCAGAUGCCACCGUUCCCGAGCCUGACCCACCAGUCUCCGCCCCAGCAGACCGUGCAGCCUAAGAAGCAGGAGCUGCGUGCCGGCACUGUGGUCCAGCCCCAACCCCUGGUGGUGGUGAAGGAGGAGAAGAUGCACUCGCCUAUUGUCCGCAGCGAGCCCUUCAGCCCCGCGCUGCGGCCAGAACCUCCCAAGCACCCAGAGAGCAUCAAGGCACCAGGCCACCUGCCCCAGCGGCCAGAGCUGAAGCCUGUGGACCCUGGGAGGCCUGUGGCCCGGCCCCCUGAGCAGAACGCACCCCCACCAGGGGCUUCUGACAAGGACAAGCAGAAACAAGAGCCUAAGACACCAGUCGCUCCCAAAAAGGACCUGAAAAUUAAGAACAUGGGUUCCUGGGCCAGCCUGGUUCAGAAGCAUCCAACCACCCCAUCCUCCACGGCCAAGUCUUCAAGCGACAGCUUUGAGCAGUUCCGCCGUGCUGCACGGGAGAAGGAGGAGCGUGAGAAGGCCCUGAAGGCCCAGGCAGAACAUGCGGAGAAGGAGAAGGAGCGCCUGCGGCAGGAGCGCAUGAGGAGUCGCGAGGACGAGGAUGCACUGGAGCAGGCCCGACGUGCCCAUGAGGAGGCGCGCCGGCGCCAGGAGCAGCAGCAGCAGCAGCGGCAAGAGCAGCAGCAGCAGCAGCAGGCAGCCGCUGUGGCCGCCACCGCCCCUCAGGCCCAGAGCUCCCAGCCCCAGUCCAUGCUGGACCAGCAACGGGAGCUGGCCCGAAAGCGUGAGCAGGAGCGGAGGCGCCGGGAAGCGAUGGCAGCUACCAUUGACAUGAACUUCCAGAGUGAUCUAUUGUCAAUAUUUGAGGAAAAUCUUUUCUGA